AUGCAUCGUCUUUUUACUGAGCUGGAGCCAUCUAUUACUGUCACCGAGCAAAACCUGGCAGACCGAGUUCGGUAUAUCUUACGCUCAAAUAUAUUUGAUGGCGCCGAACUCGAACGGCUACGACGUGAGGCUGUUCCCUCAUCAAAUGAAAACGCUACGACUGAGGGUGCGGUGCCACAAGUUGCAGAACAACCCGCACACGUGGAUGCCGCCGAGAAUACCCCAGUGGUUGCUGAUUCAAAUGAUGAUGGAACAUUCACCCAGGAACUAGAAAUAGAGCAAAUGAGGAGUACAUUGGAAGAGGCGAUUAUGGAAACGCGCAGUACGCCUCUCGAAAAUCGACCGCGACUUCCCCGCAUAGCCCUAAGCAAGCGGAAUCGGGCUGUCGUGAGGGCUCUGAACCCAAUGCUGGUGACCUAUUUGGAAGCCAGCCGGGACCUUUGCGAGACGGACUCAAUUCUCUUUGGCGCCGCACUGGCAGUCUGCCGUAUUAUAGGCGCCAAACUUUCCACGGCUGGACGCACUACUGGACAAAGUAGUGCUAUCCCAGCCUGGAGAACAAGAAUUGAAGAACGUAUCGCAAAGGCUAGGGCCCUCAUCGGCAGACUGAUAUGCUUCAGGUCAGGCAAUACCAGGCCAAGGAUUGUGCGCACCGUCAGGAUGGCGUUUGCUGGGACAAAUGUUAGUUUGUCCCAGCCGGAUAUAAUGCAAAAACUGACGGAGCACAUAGACGACCUGAAGCAGAGAAUCGCUGCUUGGGGAAAGCGAAUUCGGCGAUAUACCGAGAGGUCGACACGGUUCAACCAGAAUCGUCUCUUCCAGAGUGAUCAGAAGAGGCUCUAUAAAUCAUUGGAGCGACCAAUGGUAAGUGGAACGGGCCCAGUACCGAAUCAGGCCGACACGGUCGCAUUCUGGCGCAGCCUGUGGUCAGAGCCCGUAAACCACAACGAGGGCCCUUGGACGGAAGUUGUGGCGAGUCAGUGUGCGGGUAUUACGCCCAUGGACCCCGUCACCAUAACGCCGGGUGACGUAGCUGAGGCGGUCCGUAGGGCCCCGAACUGGAAAAGUCCGGGACUCGACGGGCUGCAUCACUACUGGCUGAAGGGGUUCGUGAGUUACGGGCGGUCAUGGAAACGGACACGUACAACAAUAUUACCAUCCUUUAGGUCAUCGCCGCAGUCGGAUAAAGAUAAAGAGUAA